AUGGCCGCUGUGGAGAUUCAAAUGGCUCCCGGACACGGGAUGAAUGGUAAUGGACAUGCAAUUAACGGUCAUAACGAGUUCAACGGCGUCCCCAGGGAGCCAAAAUUCGCUAGUGGACUUAUCUUACCGCCCCCGGAGAUCAAGUCUGUGAUUGACCGAACAGCACUCUUCGUCGCAAGGUCGGCAAAUCCUCCCCAGUUCGAGGACAAAAUUCGCGAGAACCAGCGUCAGGACCCAAAGUUCUCGUUCCUCAACCCCGCCGACCCUUACCAUGCUUAUUAUAGAAAUCGCAUGGAGAAGGUAGUGCGGGGUGAGAUCGACGAUGACAAUGCACCCAAGGAGGAAAAGGUGCCGAUGGAGAGUGUUACAGAGGUGCGGGAAGUGGAUAAUGGCAUUGAGCCGCCCAUUCCUAAGUUUAUCUUGAACAUUCCCAAUAUCAGUGCGAUUGACUUGGACAUCAUGAAGCUGACCGCGCUAUUUACCGCUCGACGAGGUCAUUCGUUCUUCGCCUCGCUGUCCGCAAGGGAAGGGCGGAACUAUCAGUUUGAUUUCUUGCGACCCUCACAUUCUCUCUAUGGCUAUUUCAAUCGGCUUGUUGAACAAUAUUCGAAGGUUCUUCUUCCCAGCCCUGAGACAUUGACGCAGCUCAAGGAGCGUUCUCGAGAAGGUGCGCGGUGGAAGGAUCUGGAGCUUGCGAGAAAGCGUGCAAGGUGGGAGCAGGUCAAGAGAGAAAAGGACAAGAAGCGGGAAGACGACAAAGAGGCUGAAAGAAUCGCUUUUGCUGAGAUUGACUGGCAUGAUUAUGCCAUCGUGCAGACUAUCGAAUUCACUGCUGCCGACGCUGCAUCUGAGCUUCCACCCCCAAUGAGCGUGCAAGAAGUGGAGAGCAUGACACUCGCUCAGAAGAGGAUGGCUGCGAUGAUUAUGGAGACUACGGCUGAGGACGUCGAAGCACACCGGGCGCGUCAAGCUGCUGCAGAAGCUGAGGCCGCUGCUGCUGUCGGUGGUGCCGGCGCAGGAGGCGAAGAUGGUGCGGUGAUGGAAGAGAGCGAUGAUGAAGACAGGGAGGUGCAAGAGCGGAAGAGGCGUGAGGAAGAGGAGCGCGUCAGAGAGCUUGAGAGAGCGCGGGCCAUCCAAGCAAGCUCAUUGGAUGCAGGUGCACCCAUGAAGAUCAGGACGGAUUAUGUCCCUAAACUCAGCAAGAAGGGUGGUGAGAAGAUGACGACGUGUAGUAUCUGUGGUCAGCAGAUCCCAGUGGACGAGUUGCAAGAGCACAUGCGUAUCGAGCUACUUGAUCCUCGGUGGAAGUCGCAGCGCGAUGCUCUUGAAGCUCGCAAAGCUCAGGCAUCGGAGCUGCAACGUGGAGCGAAUGUCGUGUCGUCGCUUAAGAAUCUUGCACGUACGCGUGUGGAUAUCUUCGGUAUGGAAGCCGACGAGGAGAAGCGUAAGAAGGAAGAGGAGGAGGAGAGGCUGCGGCGGAGAGAAAGGGAGAAGGUCGUCUGGGAUGGUCACACUGCAUCAAAGGCGAACACGCUCGACAAGUUCUCCACGAACGUUAAUUUCGACGAACAAAUUGCCGCUAUUCAUCGGGCGAAGGGUCUUGGACCGCAAGAUGCAGCCGCUAUCGGUCCAGGUAUAGGACCUGCUGCCGUCCCGGCACCGAUGACCUCUCUACCUCCCCCACCAGCAUCCCUCCCCCAGCCCCCUAUGCAAGCUGGUGUUCCCGUUGCAGAUUCUGCGUAUUCAGCGGCAACAAUCUCCUCAGGCCCGCAACCAGCAUCCCUGUAUCCCCAGCCCGCUCCCGUCAUGCUCCCUCCUCUCCAUUACCAAGGUCUGGAUGCGCCGCAGCCAUUCGGUUACCAGCCACCUCCUACUGCGCCCAUGAUGCAUCCCUCACGUGUCGCUGCGCUCGCUGGAUCGCCGAUGCCUGGCGGAAAUUCGCCUCAGGUGGGAACGGUGCGCAGCGCGGAUGAGAUGGAAGGUUCAAACGACGAAGUCCCGCCCGCCAAGAGACAGAGGGUCGCGAAGUUGCCUGGCGGGCAGCUGUACCCCGAAGCGGAUUGGAUCAGUAUGCACCCGCAUCCAAUCUCUCUACUGGUGCAACUUCCGAAAGACCCCUCGAAGCCCGAUUGGCAGCUCGAUGGCCGCGUGGUCACCAUCCCCGACCUGCCGCUCAACCUGUUGGUGUCGACUCUUCGCGAACGCAUAGUGCAGCACGCCGGCAACUUGCCGAUCUCCAGAAUCCGGCUGGCGCAUGCGGGCAAGAUGUUGACGAACGCACACUCCAUUGCAAUGUACAAUUUGGAGGAUGAAGAUCUCGUGGUUCUCAGCCUCAGGGAUCAGAAGAAAAAGUAG